UGGGAUGGAGGAUUCUGAAUGGGAUGGAGGAUUCUGAAUGGGAUGGAGGAUUCUGAAUGGGAUGGAGGAUUCUGAAUGGGAUGGAGGAUUCUGAAUGGGAUGGAGGAUUCUGAAUGGGAUGGCGUUGACUCUACACAUUGCUUUCGGCAGCCACAGCCAUUAGUUCUCUCAGUCCAUCACGGGGAGGUUUUUCUAUCAUCUGACAUCUUCUUCAAGGUUUUUUUUUUUCAGUGUUUUAAAGUUUUCAUUAGGACGGCUCUCACUAUUCUAACUUAGGUUCUUUAUCCUUACUAUUAUUAUUAUUAUUAUUAUCUUUCUUUGGAGUUAACCAAGAUGUCUGAGUAUUCAUUAAACUUUUAAUAAUUUAUGUAAUUUAUAAUAUUUUGAAUUUUGUUGCUUCAGGUUUUUUUUUGGUUCUUAUUCUAGAGCAAAGGUUGGUACAUUAUAUAUAUUUAAAGAGUUUUAAAAAUGCAGUAUAUGAGGUGGGAUGGAGAGAUGGACCUGGGAUCAGAUCCCAGCACCAACAUGGUGGUUCACAACCACCUGGAACUCUGGUUCCAGGGGGUCUGAUGUUCUCUUCUGACCUUCAUGGGCACCAGGCACAUGCAUGGUGUACAUACAUACAUGCAAGCAAAAUACCCAUACACAUAAAAUAUAAAUAAAUCUUAAAAAAAGAAAACGAGACCAAUUUUUUUAAAAAAAUUGUUACAUGACAUGGAUAAUGUUUCAGAAAUUUUGUCAUUUGUGAAGUUUAUAGGGUAUAUUUAUACAACCCUGGAGGGUAUACAGAUCAAACCCUUGAAUAGCAGAUCAAACACUUGAAUCAUGACUUGAUUGAAGAAUGUGAUAACCGUGAGAUGUGUGAGGCUGCUACAAACGUAACACAGGAUUCCCCAUGACACAGUGUGUGCUCUAUGACACAGCAUGCCCUAUGAAGCAGCAUUCUCGCUGAUAUGUGAUGACAGAACAUCUGCUCCAUACCACAGUGUGCUCUUCAAGACAGAGUGCUCUCUGAUACUCUAGGAUACAGCAUGCUCUGUGACACAGUGUACUCUAUAGCACUCUAUGACAACGUGUUCUAUGAUGUAUCAUACUCUAUGAUUCUCUGUGACACUGUCUGCUCUGUCAUACUGUACUCUGUAAGACAACAGGUUCUUUGCACUGAACAUUUUAUAAGUAGCGAUGAACUUCAUAGUAACGAUUUAAAGGUGUAGAAUAGCAAGUGCAUAAACAAUAACGGAGUCAGUUGUUGAACAUCACUUUCAAGUGUUACACUCUUGUCACAGUUGCAUGUACUGUGCUUUCAUCCGCCCCUCAGUGCAGUGGGUUAGCCUACAGAGCAUCAUCAUGGGCAUCUGAACAAGGCAUUGCUGUACAGCAGCUGGCAGUAAAGCUGCUGAGCAACAGGAAUUCUAUAGUUCUCUUGUAAUCUUAGGAGGUCCCCACUACAUACGCGAUCCAUCACAGACCAACACGUUGUUGUGUGAUCAUUCAACAGUGGCUGUCUGUGGCUUGAAAAACUAGAGUGUUACCCAUUCCUUUACAGAAAAAGUACUUUAGAGGCUUUGGCCUGUUCCAGGCUUGCUUGAAUUAGUAUGCCACCACUUCCCAAACACUGGAGAAAUCUUAACCAUUUCCCUCCUAUUCUUUGGGAUAUUUUGCUACAUGUUCUAUAGAUACACAAACACAUAGAUACACAGAUGCACAUAAAAUAUAAAACACAUAUUAUAGUUAAUAUAUAAACUAAGAAUAUAGUCUUCUAUACUCAUUAAAAAGUCUUAUGUGCUGUGCAGACACAUUCUUGACUCCUUUCUCUAUCUCCAUCUCUCUCUCUCUCUCUCUCCAUCUCUCUCUCUCUCUUUCUUUCUUUCUUUCUCUCUCUGUCUUUCUUGCUCUCUCUCUCUCUCUCUCUCUCUCUCUCUCUCUCUCUCUCUCUCUCUCUCUCACUGCUUUGAUGUUAUUUUUGUUGCUUUAAACAGUCAAUGUUCUUUCAUCUUGGCUCACACAUUGAUUCUAUGCUUUUCAUUCUCCCUUUCAAUUCUGUGCUCCACAGAGGACCAUUUCCCUUCAGACCAAGGAAGUUCUUUGGAGCAUCUUUGGCUGUGGGUCUUUGGUCAUCAAUGACCUGCUUUCAUUUGAGAGGAAACAACUUUGAUUUCUAAAGGGUUCGUUCACUGAGUUCUGGGUUGGUUUUUUGCAUCCUUCCUCAGUGCACAUUCUUCUUCAUCUUUCCUCUCUUCCCUUCCCUCUCUCCCUCUCUCUUCACCACAUUAAAUGUGUUGCUCAGUUACUGUCCAUUUUCUGUGAAAGGACCUCAGCCCGUCUCAUCAUAGAUCAUUUGAAGAAACAUACCCUUUCUCCUUAGGCCAAUUUCAAGACAACACUUGUUUUGUUUGUUUGGUUUGGUUUCAGCCAUUUUCCUUUAUAUCUGUCUUUCUUGGUGUCCAGGCAGCAUCUCUAUGUUCCGUAGGUCAGGGUGUCUCUUCUAUUGGGAAAACCAUAGGCCAUCAUUCUUUAUUGACUUGUCCUUUGUCCCUUGUCAUUUACCCACAGUCCAUGAAAAUGUGUGACUUUGACUUACUGAUGUGAUACUACUUAUUUCCAAUGAUAGUUAUUCUCCUGCUGUUCAAGGGAGUCAGGCCAAGAGCCACGUCUCUCAAGUUUGAGGGUGCCCAUCAAGCUUUUGGAGCAGUUCAACUAAAGUCAGUUUGGGGAUGGUCCUAAAAAUGAAGGUAGACUUUGACAUUUGAUGUUAGUUGCACACAAAUGUUGCAUUCUUAAACACCCAAUUCUUCCAAUAACAUCUUAAGCUGUAUGGACCAUGAAUUAGAAGACAUUACUUUUUGGGUAUCCCCCAUUCUUUUUGCAAAUUCUACAUUUUGAAAUGUGGGGAUCAUAAUUUGGCAUCUCAGAAUAAGCAUGGAAUUGCAUGAUAAAAAAGGAGCAUGCUGCUUCAUAUUAAAUGGAAAUUCUCUUUAAAACUCUGGUCCCAGCUCUGUGGGACACCUAUAUGUACUUGGCUUUGCUCUUCAUGUUUGACGCACUUGUUGUAUGACUGACAGCAGGGCUAGCAUCUAAGGGCUUCUCUUUCAUGAGUGACAGCUCUGCUCUAUCUUUGCAGCAGGAGAAGGAUGCAGGACUUCCUCUGGGGAAACCACAGCUCUCUUACUGAGUUUGUUCUUCUAGGAUUCUCUAGUGACACGAAGAUAAACGGCAUUCUGUUCGGUGUCUUUCUUCUCCUCUACAUCAUCACCCUCCUAGGCAAUGGGCUAAUUAUCACCUUGAUACACAUGGAUUCCCGCCUCCACACACCCAUGUACUUUUUCCUCAGUGUCUUAUCCAUUCUGGAUAUGGGCUAUGUCACCACUACAGUGCCCCAGAUGCUGGUACAUCUGGUCUGUGAGAAGAAGACCAUCUCAUAUAUUGGAUGUGUGACUCAGAUGUACAUCUUCCUCAUGCUGGGAAUCACUGAAUCAUGGCUUUUUGCAAUCAUGGCUUAUGAUAGGUAUGUGGCUAUUUGCCAUCCUCUCAGAUAUAAAGUCAUUAUGAGCCCUUUGCUUCGUGGGUCACUGGUAGCCUUUUGUGGGUUCUGGGGUAUCAGCUGUGGCCUUAUCUAUACUGUUUCUGCUAUGAUUCUUCCCUAUUGUGGUCCCAAUGAGAUCAACCACUUCUUCUGUGAGGUCCCUGCUGUCCUGAAGUUGGCCUGUGCAGACACCUCUCUCAAUGACCAGGUGGACUUCAUCCUAGGCUUCAUCCUUCUCCUGGUCCCACUCUCCCUCAUCAUUGUCGUCUACAUCAAUAUUUUUGCGGCUAUCUUGAGGAUCCGUUCAACUCAAGGGCGGAUCAAGGCCUUUUCCACCUGUGCCUCCCACAUCACUGUGGUCACUAUGUUCUCGAUCCCAUGUAUGAUUAUGUAUAUGAGACCUGGCUCUGAGUCCUCCCCAGAAGAGGACAAGAAGCUGGCUCUCUUCUAUAAUGUUAUCUCUGCCUUCCUCAACCCCAUAAUCUACAGCCUUCGUAACAAAGAUGUGAAAAGGGCCUUCUUCAAGGUGGUAGGCUGCGGCAAAGUGUCAGGAUAAAGGCUUGGGGGUUGUGAGACUAGUAGCCUUCUGGAACACUCAUCAUACAGCUUCCUGUAAUGAGAAUGUCUUUGAUAAUGAUACCAUAUUACAUCCAGUGAGCUGAAUUUGGUUCAACGCUAAUGAUUUACUGAAGACCUUAUUGGGAUAUUACCACUUAUUACAUGUACUCAUCUUGACGUAUAGUUAUAUGGAAACUGAUCAUACAUUCAGGUUCAUGUAACUCCAUCAGGGUUAUAACUAUUCCGUCAUCACACAAGGAAAUAUUGUAUAUGGUCCCCAACUCUAACCUCUGAUACUGAUGCCAUUGUUUCUUCUCCAUCAGUAUAACAUCCUCAUUUUGUGAAUGUUACAUAAACAGAUGCAGCAUGUGAUGUUGGGGGCUCUGUUUUUCUUAGUACCCUUGUGAUCCCUCCAAAGUGCUAUGGAUAACAGUAGUAUGUUUCUAUAUCUUGCCACAGUUUAGUUUGGGCACAAUAGUGAUAGUUUCCAUUCCUUGGCUAUUCCAUAUAAAGCUUCUAGAAUAUUCAUGUGGAGAUUUUUUUCUAUUUUUAGUAGUUUUAAAAUGACAUUUGAUUAUUUAUUGUGGGAAGGGACAAGUGUGCUAAGAUGUGCAUGCAGAGAUUGAAGGACAGUUUGUGGGGUCAGUUUUCCCUUCUACCCGGAUUUGAUUCCCAGCAUCCAUGUGGUAACUCACAACUAUCUGUAACUCCAGUUCCAGGGGACAUGACUUCUUCUGGCUUCCACAGGCACUGCACACAUGUGGAGCACAGAAACGCAUGCAGGCCAAACACCAAUACACAUAAAAUAUUUUUAAAAAAUGUGUACAUUUGUGGUCAUAGCGACUUUAUUCAUGACAAUUAGAAAGCAAGAUAAUUAACUCAAAGCUUGUUAACUAAACGGGUAAAUAAAAUAUGGUAUGUGCACACAUGGAAUAUAUUUUUCACUAAAAGGGAACAAAUACAUUAUAUAUUAUAUAUACGUAUAUAAAAUAUACAAUAUGUACUAUAUAUAUGUGCUACAAUGUUGAAUUUUUGAAAUCAAUCAAAGAAGCCAGUUGCAAAGCUUCAUGUAGCAUAUCAUCCCAUUUAUAUAAAAUAAUCCAAAACAGGUGAAUUCUUAGAAAGAGAAGGUAGAUCCAUAGAGUUGUUGGUCCUAGGGGUAUGAUGGGAAAGGAAGAGCAAUUACUUAUGCAUAUUGAGUUUCUUUUGAGACAAUGAAAAUGCUCUAAAAUUAUAUUAUGCUAAUGGCUAUGAAACUGUGAAUGUAGUAAAAUACUGAGCUAUAUAAUAUAAUGUAUGAACU